AUGCUCAGGAGCUUCUGUCUUCAGCUCAUGUCCUUGCUUUGGAUCCUGGUGGCCCAUCACCAUUUUACACAAGGUGAGGAUGAGUUCAAUGUUCCUUUGGUUCCACCUGGGCAUGAAGUCUCUUACAGCAGAAAGGUAAAGCGUUCAUUCUGCAGCGGUGUGCAGAAACCACCAUUUAACUCCCUGUGAAUGAUUCCUCUUGUUCAAAGAGGUCUCCCUUUCUUCAGGUGCCAGGGAAAAACAUAUGAGCACAAACGUUACUCAAGUGUGUGGGUUUCAUCACUUAGUUGUCCUGUAGAGGCUAUACUGUAGAGGAGGGAGUCAAACUAAGGUCCACAAGGUAGGGUGGUUAUGAGAACAUUCCUGUCUACAGGGAAAUUGCCUCCUGCUUCCUGCAGGGAGUAACAUGCGGCUACUUACUUAUUUCAGGAAGGGCCGUAGCUCAGUGGCAGAGCACAUCCUUUGUAUGCAAAAGGUCCCAGGUUUAAUCUUUCGUGUCUCCACUCAUGGCUGGGAAAGACUCUUGUCUGAAACCCUGGAACAAAGGGAAACUGCCUUCUACUGAGUCAGACUAUUGUUCCACUUAGCGUAGCAUUGUCCACACUGUUUGGCAGUGGCUCUCUAGGGUAGCAGAUCAGGACUUUCCCCCUGGAGAUGAUGGGGAUUAAACCCGGGGCCUUCCUGCAUGCAGAGCAGAUGCUCUGUCACUGACGUGUUGACCCUGCUGAACUCCAUGGAUCAAUGGUCUGACUCAGUAGAAGGCAGCUUAGUUAUUACAUGUAAGGAGAGGAAUGGUCUAGCCUUCUUUCCUGGUUGUGAGCAAAUUAAAAUAUCGCUGGUUGACCCAUCUUGUGUAGCAGACUGAGCUUUGCAUGAGAUUAACAGAGCUAGAGGUAAGUUUGUGUCUGUGUGUGCCCUCUCUGCUUCUGUGUGAGUUUGGGUAGACAAAUGGUACUGUACUAGUUGGGUUUCAUAAGACAGUGCAGCAUAGGAAAGUCCCGUCCCCAACACAUAGGUUUUAGCCAGAGUGGUAUCUGGGUUGCCAGCAAGAUGGACCUUCUUUGAUUAAGCGUAGACUAGAUAGAUUACAGUGAUGCAGUGGUACCUUGGGUUACAGGUGCUUCAGGUUAUGUGUUUUCGGGUUGCGCACUGCGCCAAACCCGGAAGUACCGGAACGGGUUACUUCCGGGUUUCAGUGCUCACGCAUGCACAAAAGCACUAAAUCGCGCUUUGCACAUGCACAGAAGCGCCGAAUCGCAACCCACGUGUGUGCAGACACUGCCCUGCGGGUUGUGAACGCUGCGGGUUGUGAAUGUGCCCCCCCCAGAUCACAUUCACAACUUGAGGUUCCACUGUACUGGCAAUGGGGCAUACAUUUUUUUUUCUAUGAUCAUAGACUCAUAGAAUUGUAAAGGACCCCAAGUACAGGAAUCUCAAUUAAAGCAUCCAUGAAAGAUGGUCACCCAGUCUCUGCUUAAAACCCUCUAAGGAAGGAGAUACUGAAUGAAAUUGCUAAUAAUUGUAUUAAGUAUCCAAAAGGACAAUAGGAAAAUGCUGUUCCUAGCUCCAUGAAUUCCCCUGCUCAUGUCCAGGUGGGCUGUUGGAUAAAUCCAAAGCAGCCUCAGCAAGCAACAGAUCUGAGUGGAGGAAGGGGCUUGGGGAAGGGGCUGCUUGACCCUUCCCGCUACGACCAUCAUUCUGCUCAAAGCCCCCCCCUUUUGCUUCUCCACCCAGAGGGGGAGGUGACCUGUGACUUCUCCCAUGCAGUUAGAAAAGCAUCAGGAGCGUCAUCUGCAGUGGGGAAACGGUCAGAUGGGAAAGAGUCCAGCAGCUCUUCCUCCGUGAUGUUCUUUGCUCAGAUUUGGGAUUUACUGUGGCAGCUUUGCAUUGAAAAGACAGGAGGAAAAGCUCAAGGGAGAGUGACAUGCAACUAGUACAACAUUGAACUAGCCCAAGUGCCAAAGCUUAAUACGUUUGUCCCCUGACAUUUGCCCCUGCUGUCCCGGGCCCAAGGUGCGAUUACUCCCCCCCCCUUGGUGUUUUUAGGCAUGCAGUGACACCUGCUGGACAUUCCGUGAAAGGCCUUCAAACAUCCCUGGUACAAGCCAUGCCCAGGGGCCAAACUAGACAAUACAGUGGUACCUCGGGUUAAGAACUUAAUUCGUUCUGGAAGUCUGUUCUUAACCUGAAGUACCACUUUAGCUAAUGGGGCCUCUUGCUGCCGCUGCACGAUUUCUGUUCUCAACCUGAAGCAAAGUCCUUAACCCGAGGUAAUAUUUCUGGGUUAGCGGAGUCUGUAACCUGAAGCAUCUGUAACCUGAAGCGUAUGUAACCCAAGGUACCACUGUACAAUAAUCAGUGUAUGAUCACAAUUGUGUAUCUUCUUCACAUGUUGUAAAACAGAAGCUGUUGCAAAGGCCUGAUCUGGAUUAUGACCAUAGCAUGGAGGAAAUGUGUGUGUGCUUAAAAAAACAAAACUCCCCUCUCCCCCGUUUUCCUAACAAAAACCACACGUGUACACAAGCUGCUAUUUACUGUAGGUGGGAAGAUGCUAUUUGCACUCAUAGUUGCUUUCCUUCCAGGGCAAAUAGCAGGACUGGGAGGCAAUUUUAGUUACGAGAAUUAUACUGGGGGAAAGACUUAUUUCCCCUAUCCUUCAUACCACAGUCCAGAUAGGCAUGGACCAAUCUGGUCUUCCGCAACUGUUUUUAUUUGUAUUUUUUAAGGAGACCAUACAUAACACAUUUCAUCAGGUAUGUAACAUAUUGUUAAGUUUAGCCCUGGGAAUAUGGGUGUAUCUACACCAGAGACUCGUAACGGGUUAAACUCAUUCCUUUUCCAUUGGGAAUUCUGGGAAUGGUAGUUUUCUGAGAGGGGCCUAUGUAUAGGGUUGCCAUAUUUCAAACAGUGAAAAUCCGGACAGAAAAGUUGUUGAGCUAAUUUUAUUAAAAUGUGAUAUAAAACCAAUGUAAGUGGAUAAGGCUCCCGAGCGCACACGAUCCAACAAGAUCGUUGGGUCCUGGUCACUUGCGGCACAGCACAUGACAGAAGAAACAAAAAGAAAGGUGAAAGUUAGCGGGCAGAAGCAACAGAGCCUUCAGGUGCCAGAAGGGAGGGGAUAGGGAGGGAGGGAGAGAGAGAGAGAGAGAGAGAGAGAGAGGUGGCAGGACUGGGGAACAAACAGCUCAGUUACAGCCUUGGAGACAUUUAAAUAAAUAAAGAGAAAUCAAUCCCUUGGAAAGGGUCUGAUGCUCAUCUCAAGUGCUGGGCCAGAGAAAUGGAAAUAUUGGGGGCCUACAAGUCAAAUUUCCAGAGUGCUCCUCAGCUAUAGUUGCUUUGAGUAUAUCUAUUCCUCCCUCUGUGCAUUCAAGGUAGCAAGGAGUCUCAGUACAGCAGUGUUCGUCCCCCUUCCGCAGAUUAUGUUUUCCCCCUUAGGCUGGAAAAACAGGAGGUGUCCUGCGCCUUGCUGUGGCUUUCUUUAAGUUGAGGCUUUAGCCAGUCUUGUGCCAUGCACUGCAAGCUUAGACCUGACAUCUCCCACCAGCAACAGCUACAUCUUCCUUGUAGCAAUUACAGACUUUCCGUGGGUCAUUCUCUCUUGUGACGCUACAAGCCAUGCUUAGCAAGAAAUGUAAGCUUGGGGAAAGGAGGGCACCACUAAGGGAGCCUGGUUGCUAAGGGAUAAGGCUGCAAACUUAAGCAUAUUUAUCAGAGAGAAGGUUGCAUUGAAUUCAGGGAGGUCCUAUUCCUGCAUUGCAAGGGGGUUCCAACUCUGUGAUUCUGUGAUUCUAUGCAGGGGUGAGGAACCGGCAGCCUGCCAUGUUGGAAUCCACCUCCCAUUGGCCCCAGUCAGUGCAGGCAGUGGUCAGGGAUGAGGGGAGCUGUAGACCAAAACAUCUGCAGGGCACCAGCUGGGUACUCCUGCUUUAGAUGAUGAUUUGUAUUGCUUUGGUCACUUCAAAAGGUGUCAAGCUGGCCCAGUUGAGUUUGGGGGCUCUCCAGCAAAUUCUGCUGAGUGUGGCCCUCAACCUAUGCUUCACACUUUGAUCUGAUGGUACCAGUUGGUGCCAGCCUUCAUUCUGCAGCUGUACUGUGGUGGUUAUAGAAAUGGCAUGGCAUUUGUGCUUCAGUGGGGGGAAAUGGGCUUUAUCUUUAAAGGGCAAAGAAGGAGUAGAUAGGUAUUGUUUCACAAAAAUGUAAGGGGUGGGGAAUGAAUUAAACAUUUCUAAAACAGCAUUGCCAUGGUGGAGAUGUGCAAGAUUGUCUUGCUGACAGCAGUACAAUGGGUACUAUCCAAAGGGAAUUUCCCAUAUGUUCCUCUUGAUCCGUGCUGUUUUGUUUGCUAGAAGUUAAUAGAAGUAUUUGUUAUGCUUAGCUUCAUUCAUACUGUCGGUGCUUAAUCAGAGCAGCGUCUUAAACUGGAUUAAAUCUUGGAGUGCUUCCAUAUUAGCUUUCUUUCAACAGAAUGAACAGAAAUUAAUUAGUUAAUUAAUUUUAAUUUAACGAUAUUUAUUUACUGCUUAAUGUAUUUUUAAAUAGCCAUCCAAGCUGGUUGCAUUAAAUAAUAGAAAAUAUACGUAAGAAAAUACAAUAACACCAACAGACUUUAAAAAGAAGUAGGCAUAAUAUGAAGAUAAAAAUGCAGGCAAAACACAAUUAAAUCACUCAGUUACUCCUGAGAGUUCAGUUGCCACUCUUCUCAAACAGUUGUAUUUUGCGGCAGCUGUGGGGAGAAAGGCAAAUUGCAUGCUAGGUAUCAGUAACGGAAUUAAGACGAAAACUGCUGAUAUCACAAUGCUGUUAUGCUGUGUAGUUGGAAUACUGUGUACAGCUUUGGUUGUUGUACGAUAUCAAACAUCAAAAAUGAUAUUGUAGAGUUGGAAAAGGUUCAGAAAAGGGCAAGCAAAAUUGUCAAGGGGAUGGAGCAACUCCUUGUAAGGAAAGCUUGAACUCACAGAUGUCCAUGGAGGUGCAAGUCAAUUCUGUGUCCAGGGCAACUGUGUACCAGCUCCAUCUGGUACGCAGGCUGAGACCCUACCUGCCCACAGACUGUCUCGCCAGAGUGGUGCAUGCUGUAGUUAUCUCCCGCUUGGACUACUGCAAUGUGAUCUACAUGGGGCUACCUUUGAAGGUGACUCGGAAACUACAGCUAAUCCAGAAUGUGGCAGCUAGACUGGUGACUGGGAGUGGCCUCCAGGACCAUACAACACCGGUCCUAAACGACCUUCAUUGGCUCCCAUUGUGUUUCCAAGCACAAUUCAACGUGUUGGUGCUGACCUUUAAAGCCCUAAAUGGCCUCGGCCCAGGAUACCUGAAGGAGCAUCUCCACCCCCAUCGUUCAGCCCAGACAUUGAGGUCCAGCUCUGAGAGCCUUCUGGCGGUUCCCUCACUGCGAGAAGUGAGGUUACAGGAAACCAGGCAGAGGGCCUUCUCAGUAGUGGUACCCGCCCUGUGGAACACCCUCCCAUCAGAUGUCAAGAUGACUUUUAGAAGACAUCUGAAGGCAGCCCUGUUUAGGGAAGUUUUUAAUGUUCGAAGUUUUAUUCUGUUUUUAGUGUUCUGCUGGGAGCUGCCCAGAGUGGUUGGGGAAACCCAGCCAGAUGUGUGGGGUAUAAAUAAUAAAAUUAUUAUUAUUAUUAUUAUUAUUAUUACUAUUAUUAUUAUUAUUACUACUACUACUACUAUGUUGUUGUUGUUGUAGCAGCAGUUGGGCAUUUUCAGUUUAGAGAAAAGGUGAAUGAGAGGAGACAUGGUAGAAGUUUAUAAAAAUUAAGCAUGGCAUAGAGAAAGUGGCCAGAGAAACAUUUUUCUCCCUCCCUCAUAAGACCAGAACUCGUGAACAUCCAUUGAAGCUGGUUGUUGGAAGAUUCAAGACAGGUAAAUGGAAGUUAAACUAUGGAACUCGUUCCCACAAGAGGCAAUGAUGGCCACCAUCUUGGGUGGCUUUAAAAGAGAAUCAGACAGAUUUGGGGAGGAUAAGGCUAUUGGUGACUACUUGCCGUAGUAAGUAGAUUGGAGGCAGUGACCUUUCUGAAUACCUGUUGCUGGAAACUGCAGGAGAGAGCACUCUUGAGGUCAGGUUCUGCUUGUGGGGUCCCCAUAGGCCUUUGCUUGGCCACUGUGAAAAUAGGAGACUGGGUUAGAUGGGCCACUGGCCUUCUCUGCAUUCAGGGUAGGUGUCUUUCUGUGUGUAUAGGGUGGAGACACGUCAAUUUCACCACUGCUUUGUUAAGUUUUAAAAUUUAAGAUAUUGCAGUGCUGGGGGACACAGAUCCUCUCUUUAAGUGUGUUUGUGAGGGAAGGACCUUCACCAGGAAGCGGCAAUAGCAGUACAGUCAUACCUCGGGUUGAAGUUGCUUCAGGUUGAGCGUUUUCGGGUUGCACUCUGCAGCGACCCAGAAGUAACAGAACACGUUACUUCCGGGUUGCGCCGCUCGCGCAUGCGCAGACGCUCAAAAUGAUGUCAUGCACAGAAGCGGCGAAUCGCAACCCGUGCAGACACGGUUUGCAUUCGCUUCAGGAUGCGAAUGGGGCUCCGGAACGGAUCCCAUUCACAUCCAGAGGUACCACUGUACUGGUGGUGGCCAAUCCAGUCCAGCAUCCUGUUCCCGCAGCGGCCAACCAGAUGCCUGCGGGAAGCCUGCAAACUGGUAUUCAGGAGCAUGAAGAGAGAGCCGGUGUGGUGUAGUGGUUAGAGUGCUGUGCUAGGACCUGGGAGACCAGAGUUCGAAUCCCCACUCAGCUGUGAAGUUCGCUGGGUGACCUUGGGCCUGUUGCCAUAUCUCAGCCUAACCUGCCUCACUGGGUUGUAAAACUGUAAAGUUGGAAUGUACCCGCCCCCCCAAGGCUCAUCUAAGUCCAACCCCCAGCAAUGCAGGAAUCUUAGCUGAAGGUUGGGAGGAUGAAAUAGGGAGGAGGAGAACCGUGUACAUCAUCUUAGAGGAAAAGGCGGUAAAUAAAUGCAAUAAGUAAAUAAAUAAAGUAAUCAUGCAAAUAACAUGUUUAUUUUUUAGCAGUGGCAUUUGCAAGGUGGAUGCCAUUAAGUACAGCUGCCACAGGACAACUACUGUAGCAUGAGGCCCUCCUCCCCAAAAAGAGAUGUCAUUUGAAACUAAGAAGCUAGCUUCCCCUGAGUCAGGCCACUGGUCCAUCUCCCCAGUAUUGAUUUCUUUUCUGGACCAGGAAUGACUCUACAGGAUUCUGGGCACAUAUCUCCUCCUACAUGGUCCUUUUAGCUUGUGAUGCAUCGAAAGCAGGUGCUCUUAACACAUGAGCUAUGGUCCACUAUCCAUCCUGAGGGGGAAAAACAGCGUGUUGCUCAUUUGGAAAGUUGAUUGUUGCUUCUGCUUCAUUUCUUUUUUGCGCUUAAUUAUUAUCGUUUGCAUCCUCUUGCCUGAUGGUUCACUGACCUAUAUCUGUGUUGCGAUUUUCUCCAGAAGGGCAGUUCUGUUCUGUAUUAUUGCAACGUUGAGCUUGAUCUCAGUCUGUCGAUUGCAUAUUUAAAAAUUUCCCUAAAAUAUAUAUUUAAGGGGGAGGGGGACAACAAGCAGCAUAUGUUCCCAGCUACAAAAUAUGGAGCCUCCCACAGCUAAGAAAAAUCAGCACUUCAACACUCUGAAGAUUAAGGGAAGACAGCAUGAAUGGCAUGCAAUAAAUGGGUAGAAACGUUUCCAUUUAUUGCACUAGAAACUGGUCUUGUGAUAUUACAGAUGGCAGGGAGAGGUCAUACACAACUGGGAUAAGUAUAUGCUGGAAAGGAAAAUGGAUUCUACACACUUCUGUCCCAACCUGGCAAAUUUGUGAUGGGUUCACCAGCCUUUUCCUGCUGACACAAGUUAGCCAUAGCUUGGAGUUCUGACUUCCUGGUGCAAUAAAUCCUGCUCUCUGCUUUGCCUUGCAGGUGAUGACUGCAGUGACCACUGUAACUUGGCUCAUGGAAGCUGUGACGAGGACGGCAAAUGCAGGUAAAGCCAUACUUGGGUGCUGUUAAAAGAGAGGGCUGCUCAAACACGGCGUCACUCCAAACCCUGCACAUUUUGUGCCAACCACCCCAAGAAGUAGUGUCCUAUAAGCUUCUACUCUCAGAGUUGGCCCAAUACAUUUUGCUGCCUGGUGCGACAAAGGGCAAGAUGGCGUCCCCUCCUGUUCAGUGUAUAGAAGCUGACUGAACCAGCCAUUAGUUUUUAUUGCAACACCGGUGUUGCGACAGCCGUGCCUGAGGACAGCAGGCUGGCCUAGAGGGUGCAAAGUUGGCUGUGUGGCACACACAGAUGUUUUCUGCAACCAGGGCCAGCCCACCCAUGAAGCAAGGGGAGGGGACUGCCUCAGGUCGCAGGAUCUGUAGGAACAGCAGAUCCAGCCUCUAAGGAAUGUGUUGCCCGCUUAUGCUGCCACUGCAGCAACAGCUGUGGCAUGUUUCUUGGAGGUCAAAUCUGCUGCCUCCUCAGCAGCACCCCCAUGCCACCCCUACAGUGGCCUCUUGUGAAUAUGAGGUACUGCUGGUCUCCCCUCACCUUUGGGGAAGAAAUGGUGGGAGCUGCCCUCUGGGGUCAUCUGGGUUCUGCACCCGCCUGGUGCUUCAAAGCAGGCUGCCCCCUCCCCCCACCAUUCCCACUUAAACCACCAGGUAAGGUUUAUUUUAUUUUAAAAUAAAUUUUAUUUUUCAGGUUUACAGAGAUACACAUCCAAUUUUCCCCCAAUAAGCAUUUAUAGUUUGACUUCCUCCCCCAUCCCUUUUGCAGUUUCUUAUAUUUUAUAAAAAUUAAUACCUUCAUUUCCCUCAUUAUUCCAAUUAAUGUAAGGUUGAUUUUAUUCCCUCCCUUGUUCCCAGUGUAGAUCUUCACUCCCCCCUUUGUUCCCGAUGUAAAUUUUUACUCCCCUCUUGUUCCUGAUAUAGAUCUUCACUCACCCCUGGAUGGGUGGGCGCCAUUUUGUUGCUUGCCUCAGGUGUCAAAAUGUCUUGGGCCAGGCCUGCUCCAACCCCAUGCUGCCACCCCUCCCCACCUUCCUGCCUCUGCUGCCUGAGGCAGCUGCUUCAUUACUUAUAGGUCUGGCCCUGCCGGUUUUUCAUCCAAAAGUCCACUUCAUAGGUAACAUUUUUUUCUGCAUUAAAAAAAUCUCCAUGCAUGCCAAAACAUAUGUACAUUUUCCUGUGUUAAGUGGGAUAUUUAAGUUUAUCUCACCACCAGUCCAUAGAUAAGAUGGCCACUGUGUGCAGCUGUUGUCUGCUUCAUGAACAAAAGAGAUUGUUUCUCCAUAUAUAUCACACUUUCCUAAUAGGGAUGUUAUUUCCAUUUAUGAAAAAUGUCACAUUUGAAGCAACUUGAAUGGAUGCAAUGAACACACUUUAUGUUAGCCUUAUGAACAAAUCAACCAAUGUUGCUUGCUCUCAUUUAAAGAAAGCCCCUCCCCUCCAAAAAACUAGAGUGGUUGCCCAAAUAUACCCAUGCUGUUCAUUUGUGAAAGAAAAUUUUGUUGUUGUUGCUAGCCUUUCUAGUUUAGUUAAUCAUAGCUAAUUCUUACUCACCAUAGACAACCAAGCAAGUUGCUAUUUACACGUCUGAAUCAUGGGCUCGGUUUGCAUAAUCUUGUUUCAUUUGCAUGCUUUCAGUCUGGGAAAAGUGAGUUUAUUUCCCCACCUUCGUCUUUUUCACAGCAUUUUACAGUGAAUGGAAGAGAGUGCUUUGUGUGAGGGAUUUGAACUCACUGUGUAUCACUGAAGUGUGUGGGUCAUGUCUGAGAGCCAAGGAGGAAGCACAGAUCCAAGUUGAAAGAGAUUGCAGCAGAUAAUUUUGCAGAUAAUUGCAUAUGGAUUUUCUCUAUAAACUUGAGGGCUAGAAAUUUACUUUGAAAUUUAAUUAAUAGUGAUAUUUUUCAGGGAUCCAAAUUCUGGCCCACCCAGAAUAAUGGAAUAUUUACAGUCCUUUGUUUUGGUAGCCAUUUUUAGGGUAGAUGUUGACUUGUUUUGCAAAAAAAUCUCCCUUGAAUGGUGAGCAUCCUUCUUAAUCUGAUGGGUUGUUCUUUUGGUCUCUGGAGAACAGAUUAUUUAAUCCAUCUAUUUGCAUCUGGGCAGAGAGAUCAGUCAACCUGCUAUAGGAUACUGCAGCCUCAAACAGCUGCUGAAGAGCAGUGUCAAAGGGCAUUGCCCGUUCAGCACCUGCUUACACUACUGAGGCUUUGUAUUGUUUUUUAUGGCAUUUUACAGUGCAAUAAAACAUCCCACAUACGACACUCCCCAGAAUGGGUGGAUAAUAGCAUUUCAAAAGUUUUAUAAUUUUAUAUGACUGUUCUGUGUUACCAGCCAACAUUGCACAAGCUUUCGGAUAACAUAUGCUGAUCGCUAGAAGUUGCAGCUAGGAAAUACCUGAGCUGCUAGGCUGUUUUUGUCUUUUAUUAAAUUUACUUUGAAUUGCCUAAAUAAAGGCCUUGUCUGGAAACCAGGGUUUUCAGCUGAAGACGGGAGAGGCUUUUGCAUAGAUUCUAUUUUAGAUCCUCCUAAAUCCUAGGAUUUCAAAUGGGCUCAUUUCCUACAAAACAGCUUAACAGUAUCAAAGAAACAUGGGUAAGAUAACUUGCUGCAACACCGCAAUAAGUUUCAGACAUUAUUUUGAGAGUUUUACAGUUGUAAUAUAGUACUGUUGCCAUCCCUGGGUUGCAUGCUUGGAGUAGGCCUCCUUUUCCAACCCAGCGCUGGAUUUGGCAGUAGGAAACACAUCCACGCUGCAUGCGUCUUGUCCUGGCACACUGUCACUAAUACAACAAUUUUCAAAGCAAAAAAAAAAAAGUCAUUUACAGAGCAACCCUAUAUGCACAUUAUGCUGGGGCUGGCAAUUUGCCACUGCUGUGUUGGUGCAACAGCCUCUUCAUGAAAUGCUCAGCCCAUGAAGGAAGGGGAAACCACAGCAAAUGCAUGGUGUUGGUGAGGGAGGGAGAGAAAAUAGGGAAUGGUGCCAUCUGAGGGCUCUGCCAGGGCUCAUGCCUCAGUCUCUCUCUCCCCCCCCCCCCCAAGCCAUUGACAUUUGGGAGUUGUAAAAGAACUCUGUGUUUGCGGUGGCUGUUUGUUCUUCUCCUUGCAUAUGAGCUAUGUUCCUACAAAGCAGCUGCAAUGGAUGCAGAAACACACCUGACAUUCUGACAACUAUCCGCUCCCAUCAAGCACAGAUGUUCUUCAGGGCUAGGCAACCUCCCAGAUCUUUCCAGAUGCUGUUGGAUACCAACUCCCAUCAGCCCCAGCCAGUAGCCAGUUGUCAGAGAGGAUGUAAGUUGCAGUCCAACAACAUCUGGAAGGCUAUAGGUUCCUCAUUUCUGCAUUAUAAGACGUGUCCCUCUUUCUCUCGCUUACCUGUUCAGAAUGCUCUCUCCCUCAAUUGUUGGAGAGGAGGUUGGGUGUUUGAACAUAGUCCCCUGAGGCAAGGUACCUGUUAGGGGUCUAGAAGGAGAAGUGUGAGCAGUGUGAGCAAGUUCCCUCACAUGCUCAGGAUAUGACGUUUGUGCAAAGUGCCCCCUUUGUGGUCUACCGGCCAAUUUUAUCCAGUGUUCGCUGGCUGUUGGGAUUGUAACCAAAGAAUGGUGCCAUAGGUGGCCCCAGCAAAGUCAUUUCUUACAUUCUUUGACAAGAGCACAUACUCAGGAUCACAGACCAGUUGUAUCGUGGCUGUUAAUAGAUACUAGGCACGGACUUGUGCUAUGCAAUUUAACACACAUUGGCUGAUGAAGGGGUUUCUAUGUUAUAUACAUUUUUUUUAAGGUAGACCAAAAAGAGAUUGAAGUCAGCCCACCCCUGCCCCACCCUGAAGACACCCAGGACUGAUAGAAAAAGCCUGUGAUUGUGUAGUUCAAGAUGUACCUCAUCUAAGAAGGGCAUCUUUCUUCACUGCAACUGAAGGAUGGGGGCAGACCUCGAUCUUUCCAUUGGUCAACAGAGUUGUCCUGUGUAGACCAAGUUGGGGUUUUUGUGUGGGGACCUCACCCUGGACUUUAUGUUUUCUGAUUUUUAUCCCUUCGGCACACCCAAGGUGGGGUUUUUUAAUACAAAGCAGAUGCCAUUUUUUAAUGCUGUAUUUCCCCCACUUGGUUUGUGGUUUGUGAAGGGUAUACGUCUCGUUUCAGUGAUUCCUUUUUUGCAGCUGUGCAAAUGGGCAGCCUGAGUUUGUGCCUCUGCACCACUCCCUCAGAGUGGCAGGAAUGUGCAGCCGUGCAUUUCUCUGCCAUUAAAAGAGAAGAACUCUAUAGGGGAGGCGCAGAGGAGCAAAAUCCCCACCCACAGGUAUGGCGCGAAAAAGAAACUACGCCCACAAAACCUGGGCUCAGUCUUUUUGGCACUGACUCACUGAUUGCAGAGUAAACACAGGACUUGCAUCUAAUUAGUAGCAAGGAACAGAGAGGCAUGAGCGUAGUAUGAAUCCCGUGUAUCACUGCUUGAUCUUUGGUAAGCUGCAGCACUGGGGAAACCCAGCCAGAUGGGUGGGGUGUAAAUAAUAAAUUAUUACUAUAGUCUAGUUAUAAGUGUGGUGAACAAGGCUUGCCAUGAGUCAUGUUUUGGUACAUCCUUCCAUUUUAGUUUUAUCUUCCAAUAUUUUCUCAAUAUACUUUAAAAUAUGGGGGGAAAGGUGCUUGAUAUGUGUGCAUUUGCACAAAGAAAAAGUAGCCUGUGAUGUGCCAUUGCCAGCAGCCCAAUCUUAGGCAGGUUUACUCAAAAACAGGUCCCCUUAGUUCAGGGCGAUGCACUCCUGAGUAAGGGUGUAUAGCAGGGGUGGACAAUGUGAUGCCUUCGGAAGUUGCUGGACUCCAACUCCCAUCAGUUCAAGCCAGCAUGGCCAGUAGACAGGGAUGAUGGGAGUUGAGUCCAGCAACAUCUUAAGGGCACCACGUUCCCUACUCUCCUGGACCGCAGCCUUAAGGUUUGGCACCGGCGCAUUCCUAUUCUCUCUGAAAACAAGUUACUGGGAUGGAAAAGAAACAGUAGUAAAAGCAGAGUUUCCUGCCAGUCUUGCACAUCAGGUGUACAGCCCAGAUUGUCCCUCCUGACCUAUGGCAAAACCCCAAGGCAAAUACCAAGGCUGGAGAUUCCUCUUCUGUGCCCACCCACACAUUUCUUAAAAUAGAGAUAAUUUUCUCACUGUCCCCAGGCAAUCAUUAGACAGGCGGCAAUCUUGGCUGGCUGACGCUCUUCACCAAAACUUGUGGUACUCAUAUGCCCCACCCCUCCUCUUGCCUCCUGCCCAAAGUGCCUCCAUUUUGCCUCACCCUUGGCUCCAUCCUGCUGCUGCUGCUGCUCCCUUCACGAAUUCCCCUCACAUUCUUGUGCGAGGUACUUCUUCCUAUCAUGCCAUUGAGACCGAAAAGGAUCCUGGAUCCGGCCUCCACCCAUCACCAGGAACAGAGACCAUUGGUGGAUCUACACACAGGGGUGCUAUAAAUAAGUCAGAAAUUAAAUCAUUAUAACAACCACACACACACACACACAAAAAAAUCACAUAGAAUUUUUUUUUUUUGCUCUCUGGCACCAUCUGGUGUUGCAUGUUAUAACACAUUCAAAACAUUGUUUUUUGACUAAUGCAGCUGAGUCCCAUGACUAUGAAAUGCCAGUCUAAUGCCUUGUGAUGUUUACUGCACAUGGCUUUGUUAGUGCCUUUGCGUGGUGCCUGCGGUGACGUUCUCCUGCUCUGACUUUCUGGUUUUCCUUCUGCAGGUGUGACAAAGGCUGGGAAGGGGAAUACUGUGAACAGUGUGUGAGGAUGCCAGGCUGCAAGCAUGGGACGUGCCACCAACCCUGGCAAUGCAUCUGCCAAAGUGGCUGGGCUGGCAAGCUGUGCAAGAAAGGUGCGUCACUCCACUUGGAACAGGGUGGGGACUUAUUGAGGAGAGUCGGGACGACAGGGAAAGGAAGCUUAUUGGGAAGCUGCCUUAUACCAAGCCAGAACACAUGGGCUGGUACCUGCUCUCCAGAGUUUCAGACAAUAGCUUCUGCUGCUGCUGCCUUGAAAGGCUGAAACUCGGGUCCUCUGCAUACACAACACAUUCACUACCGACGAAUGAUGCCAUUUCCAAACAACAGCAAUUCAGCUUUAACAGAAGAACCACACAGCCUUAUUAGCAGCAGUAAUUCGGCCGUCUUCCCAUUUUCUGCUUUGAGGCCUCCCUGGAGAAAACAACUACUUUUGCUAUUGACUCCAAUACUUCCCAGCUACAUGAAGUUGUCCUAAGGCCUUGGAGAACCACUGCUAGUCAGAAUACUUUGGAAGUCGAGCGGAAUCCGUUCUGGAAGUCCUUUCGACUUCCAAAACGUUCGGAAACCGAAGCGCGGCUUUUGAUUUGCUGCAGGAACCUCCUGCAGCCAAUCGGAAGCCCCAUUGGAUGUUUAGGUUCCAAAGAAUGUUCACAAACCAGAACACUCACUUCUGGGUUUGCAGCGUUCGGGAGCCAAAGCGUCUGAGUACCAAGGCGUUCGGGAUCCAAGGUACAACUGUAUGCAGUGCUGGGCUAGGAGGAAGUAAGGCAGCUUCUUCUGCUCCAAUACAGGAGCCCACUUCCCCCUUCAGAAUCAGUGGCCUCGUGCCUCUGAAGAGCAGGGGACAUCCGGUUGGACACUGGGAAGGAGGAUGCUGUGCUAGCUGGCCACCUUUUCUUUGUACAGCCUCCAGUAUCACAGUAAAUUAAAAAAAAGAGAGAACUUUUAUGUGUGGGUGUGGGUGUCUGGCAUGAAAAAGCAGCCCUGAGUACUUUUGACCUGCAUUUUCUCCUUGUCCUCCUCUUUUCCCCCAUCUCUUUCAGACGUGCAUGUCUGUGAGCACCAGACCCCGUGCCAGAAUGGAGCCCAGUGCGUCUACGACCGAGAUGGGGAAUAUUCUUGCCUGUGCCUUGAAGGAUUCCAUGGAAAGAACUGUGAGCUGAAGACGGGGCCAUGUGAUAAGGCAGGGUGAGAGAUCCUAGCAGAAAUAGAUGGGAGGAAAGGCAGGCGCAAGGAGCAAAACCUUUUGAAGGCUCCAGUCCUUUGCCUAGGAGUAAGUCCCAUUAAGCUCAGUAGGGCUUACCUCUGAGUGAACGCGUAUAGGAUCAGCCGUAAAAGGCUUUAAAACGCACCAUUUCACGAACAAGGAUUUCAAGGCAACGUUCAGUUUUAUGACAACUUUUUGUUGUUAUUUUUUCCUGUGUGGCUUAUUUUUGCAUGCACCUUUUACGUGCACUUAGAAGCCACUCAGAGUGGCUGGGGCAACCCAGUCAGAUGGGUGGGGUACAAAUAAUAAAAUAAUAACUGUUAUUAGAAAUGCUAACGGUUAAGGGGUAUUUAAACAGAUGAAUAAAAUGUAGGACGGCCCAUAUGGGUGUUGUGAUCGGUCCCCAUUCUCUCCUUUCAGGUCCCCUUGCAAGAAUGGCGGAGAGUGCCUGGACCAGAACGGCUUUGCUAAAAACUACACCUGCAAGUGCCUGGCAGGAUUCAUUGGCACCCACUGCGAGAUUGACGUCGACGAUUGCCUGAUGCGUCCCUGUGCCAACGGUGCCACCUGCCUCGACGGCAUCAACCGCUUCUCCUGCCAAUGCCCCACUGGCUUUGAAGGGCGUUUCUGCAGCAUCAACGUUGACGACUGCGCCAGCCAGCCGUGCAGAAACGGGGCAAAGUGCUACGACCGCGUCAACGAUUUCGAUUGCCUGUGUCCCGAGGGCUUUGUCGGCAAGACCUGUGAGCUCCUUGCUCCCGAGCCGACGUGGGUCACCGCGUUUCACCCUGAUCCCAAGGGGCACGGCAACGACGUCGUGAGAAGCACGGCCAGCAGCAACCCUUGGACAACCCAGUCUGAGUCUGUCCGGGUUGUGGUGACUGGGAAGCGGGUCACUACCUACAGUGAGAAAUCAAACGGGGGAGGGCUGUUGAUCUCCGUGAAAGAGGUGGUGACUCAGCAGGACUCGGGGCUGAGUCAGUCGCAGCUGAUUUUAGUGCUGGUAUUUGGGCUGCUCACGGCCCUCCUAGUCUUGGUAACUGUGUUGGUGCUGCUGAAGAACUGGCAGAGGGGGCGCCGGAGGUGCCAAAGCCCCUCGCAGUCUGCAAGGAAACUCCAGGACCAAGAGUGCCAAGUGGGCAUGUUGAGUACGGUCUUGAUAGAACCCAGGAAAACGACUGAGCUGUAA